CAGGUCGACGGACCAUCAGGCCGUUCGUACACUUUCCAGCAGCUAAUCCAGUUGACCAGAAAAUGCGGGUCGGCCCUUAGAAAGAAAGGCUUCAAGAAGGGCGACGUUUUCGCCAUCAUGCUCCCAAACAUGCCAGAGUUUCCGUUAAUUUACUACAGUACUCUUUUAAUAGGAGGGAUCGUAACGACACUAAAUCCAUUGUAUACAGUGGACGAAAUCUCACACCAGCUCCGUGAUGCGGGAGCUACUUCUAUCAUAACAAUUCCACUGUUUGCAGACAAAGUCAAGCAGGGCGCUUCGAAUGUUGGAAUUAAUACAGUGUACGUUGUUGGAGAGGCCGAAAAUUGUGAGUCACUUUCGUCUUUGCUCGAAGACGAAGGCGAAGAUUUUCCGGAAAAUGUCGAGAUCAACGCGAGGGAGGACGUUGUCUGCUUGCCAUAUUCGAGCGGGACUACAGGUCCUGCAAAAGGAGUAAUGCUUACUCAUUAUAAUCUGAUUGCAGAGGCUUCGAUAGUAACUCAUGAUAGUUUCAUGUUAAACAACGACGAGCCAGUCGUACUUGGCCUGUUACCUUUUUUCCACAUUUUUGGACAAAUUAUCUCGAUGUCUUGUGCCUUGUUUAAAGGUGGGAAGGUUGUGUGUGUGCCAAAGUUUGAACCAGAGUCCUUCCUCAAGGUCAUUCAAGACUAUAAGGUUUGCAUCUUACCUUCCUUCCUUUCGUUUAUCCUCACUAACUUAGCUCUUUUUCCUUGCUAUUUACCAGUCCCCCUGCUUGUCUCUCUCUAAGUCAAGAAUGGGAAACGCGGUUGCCUAAGAGUUAAUGUGCACGACUCCAGGUCACAAGGUCUAGGUUCUAGCUCUGGCCGGAUCAUUAUGUUGUGUUCUUCGGUAAGACACAGUGCCUCCACCCAGGAGUACAAAUGGUUACCGGCUAAAUACCACCUGAAGAAAUGCCGGUUGGUGAAAAAUGGUGGUGGUGGUGGGGGGGUUUGACCCUCAGAGGACCAGCAUUCCCUUCAGGGGUAGUAGCUCUGCUCGCAUUCGUUUUAUGUUACAAUAUCCCGCAUAGCCUCGGCAGUGUGGAUCAUUUGGCCACAGCACUGAGUUUACCUUCUAAAUCAAUGUUUCGUUGCCUAGGUUUCCCAUGCAGCUGUUGUACCGUCACUUGUGCUAUUCUUGGCUAAGAGUCCACUUGUCGAGCAAUAUGACUUGUCCAGUUUGAAGGAUUUGACAUCUGGGGCAGCACCUCUUGGAGGCGAAUUAAUGAAUGCGGUGAAGGAGCGUAUUCCAUCAAUGGAAUGGUGCCGGCAAGGUGGGUAAUACAGGAAUAUUUGAGGAAACAUUGAUUCUAGAGGCAGAAGUCUCAUUCGAUACAAGACAGAAUCCUUUCAUCCCCUCUUCUCUUAGCUUACAUCCACAGUGCCUCCAUGAGCUUACGUCACAGUGAAAUAGGAAAGAAAGAGAGAAUAAGCAUAAAAUUACUUGAGCCAAAUUCGUAGCCAAGAAGUUAAUUACAUCUGUUUGACACAAGUUUAUAAUUUUUUUCUUGAUUAGGUUUCGGCAUGACGGAGUUGAGUCCUACAUCUCACGUGACACCACUUGAUAAGAUUAAAAAUGGAUCUGCGGGAAUGCUGCUACCAAAUCUUGAGUGCAAGGUAAGUGCAGCUCCGAAAAAGGCUAAAAAAAGCUCUUAAUGAAUAAUAUUCUUUUCAGCGUUUUUUUCUAAUGCCUGUUCACCACUUUAACUUACAGACUUAAUAAAAAUCCAAUGUUAUCAUUUGAAACCCUCUUUUAACCACGAGAGAGGUCUUUUUUUUUCAUAGUUGUAAGUCAUAUUUUUCCAACUUUUAUUUUAAAAAAAUUCCCAUGAAGCUAAGGAAACGUGAACAGUUCUGCUUUCGUUUGUAUCUGCAAUUCACAAAUCUGGUCACAAAAAUACGUACAGCACUCUGACUUUUCGUUGCAAAGGACAUCAGUCCAUAAAAUGAUAUUUUAAAUUUCUCUCCAGGUUGUUGACAUUGAGAAUGGUGAUGAGCUGGGUCCCAAUAAGGAAGGCGAGAUUUGUGUCAAAGGACCCACUGUUAUGAAAGGUAUAUCCCAAAUUAAACUGAUUUUGGAAACUACUCCUAAUGCCAAAUCUACAUCAAAUUUUAAAUGUUAUCCUUUUGAUUUGAAGAAGGAAUUUGAAGGUGAUUUCUACCUGGUUUAAAGUAGCGAUUUCUAAAAGAAAUGCUGUGAAAAGGUAUUUUCAAAGAGAAAUCUAUCACAUCAUUUUAUUCUAAGCACAUUUAAGUUCGUCAGUGAGAAUUAAAUGGCGUAAGGACCUAUCUACUAAGAUUAUUUGUCUGAUUAUGAUUCACGACCAGUUUAAAACAAGGUUUACAAUGCUGUGUCUCAGUAACCCCAACUCUCUGCAGGGUACCUUAACAACCCAGAAGCCACCGCGCAGACAAUUGAUGCAGAUGGCUGGUUGCACACGGGGGACAUCGGCUAUUACGAUGGCGAUGAACAUUUCUUUAUUGUCGAUAGACUCAAGGAACUUAUCAAAUUCAAGGGAUUCCAGGUAAUUUACAUUUUAAUUUGCUUGUUGGCUUGAUUUUUUUUCUUGCACGAAGCUCUCAGUAGUCCCAAAGUCAAAUCGGUUCGUUUUCCUCUUUUUGCACCAAAGCGGUCAGCAGGGGACUGAUUCUGAUAAAUUUUCUUCAACUUACUUUAUUUCCGUUUAGUGACAGAUGAGUUUGUCCUGAUCCUGUAGCCAUCCACUCACCGCCCCCCCCCCCUCUCUAUCUCCUCAACAUAAAUGACUCAGUUUUCUUGUUCAUUCUAUUCCUAAUUCCCAGGUUCCUCCAGCCGAGCUCGAGUCUCUCCUCAUCUCUAAUUCAGCCAUAGAGGAUGCUGCAGUAAUCGGGGUCCCAGAUGAAAGGGCAGGUGAACUUCCAAAAGCCUUCGUCGUAAAGAAGACCAACGAAAGGAUCACUGAAGAACAGAUAAUAAAAUUCAUUGAAGAGCGAGUGGCACCGCAUAAGACAUUAAAAGGCGGUGUGGAAUUCAUCGAUAAAAUACCAAGAAGUUUGAGCGGUAAAAUACUACGAAGAGAGCUUAAGGCGAGAGUUAUGACCAGACUAACCCAAGUUACUGAAAAUAAAAACAACGAAGAAGAAAAAAACGUUAUCCGAAGUAAAAAUCCCGAUGUAGAGAUUCCAGACAAUCUGUCUUGGAAUGAAUAUAUUUUUCAAGACUUUGAUGAGUACGCGGACAGGGAAGCCAUCGUGAGUCUUCUAUCAUUUAUCCUUUUUACAUAUAGCCUCUGAACAGGCCCUAGUUUUUUAACUAUUCAGUGCGUGCGUUUCCUCGACCGCGGGAAAUUAUGAGGCCUUGAGCUGCAUGAACCGACAAGAGGUUUAGUGCCAGACCCCAGGCAAACCUCUCUACGACUUGUUUCAAAUCUUCCUGCGGGCAGAGAAACGUGCGUCCUGCAGCGCUAAAACAAAUAAAAUUUUACUUGAUUUCUAGCCAGUCGUAAGGAGGGGAAAAAGUCUGAAUAGGUGUGGAUUAAGAUCAUUCCUCGUUUAAAUUCAAAAUCCUCGCUAACCAACUUAUUUAAAUUUCUUAAAAGUGCUCCUCCGAAAAAAAAAAACACGCGUAAAAUUAUCCGUUCAUACCUUUUUCUUCUCUUUGCAGCAUUAAAAACAAUAUAGAGGUAAACAUUAUCGUAGGCGAAAAAAAAUUGGCUCGUGAAGAAACUUUGUUCAAAUACGUUGAGCAGUUUUGUUGUGAAAAGAUUUACUCCUGCUUGGUUGUAGUAACGAGAGAAAAUGUCAUGUCACGCGAAGCCUUCGUGUACGUUGGAGUAUUUGUCACAGAAUCUUUGAUAAUACGACUUAGUUAUCUAUUUCCUAAGAGAGACUUGUAAUAUUGAAUAAAUAAGUCAAUAAUUGAAAUAUUUCUUCUGUUGACAGAGAGAUUCCAUAUCUGACCGCUCAUACUCAUAUCGCCAAAUAAAGGAUUUGAGCAGAACAAUUUCAUCUGCUCUAAACAAGCGAGGAUUUAAAAAAGGAGACGUGUUUGCCAUGUUUUUACCAAAUCUGCCCGAGUUUCCCAUAAUUUACUUCGGUGUGCUUAAGGCAGGGGGUGUGGUCACUGCAGCAAAUCCACUCUUCACAACCGAAGAACUUGCCAAACAAUUAAAACUGGCUGAUGCCAAAUGGAUACUUACCGUACCCCAGUUGGUUCAUCGAGCAAAAGAAGCCAUGCAGGAUCUGGGACGAGAGAAUGUGUUCGUCAUCGGUGACGUCGACGGAUGUGAGUCGCUUUCAGUCCUCCUCCAAGAUGACGGUUCUAGCGUUCCUGACGUCACAGUAAACCCUAAAGAAGACAUAGCGGUUCUUCCCUUUUCAAGCGGGACCACGGGUCAACCCAAGGGGGUUAUGCUCACUCACUACAAUCUCGUCUCAUGCGGAAGUAUCAUGCGAACAGAAGGCUUUCUAAGCUUCAGCGAUACAACCGUUCUUUUAGCAUUUCUUCCGUUUUUUCAUGUCUACGGAAUGGUGGCUAUAAUGUCAAUGGGUCUUCAUUGUGGAAGCACCAUCAUAACUAUGUCACGAUUUGAGCGGGAUAAGUUUUUACACGCACUAGAGAACUAUGAGGUUAGUUAUAAAGUAACGCCACAAAAAUUUAGAUUUGUCUCCUGCCAUCGGUCUAAAUCGUCAUCAUUCUUAGUCUUCUUGAUUUUUUAUCGCUUUUUUGAUGUGAAUAUGAUCCAUAGCAUGUAAUUUAGAGACGUUUUACCGUGCCUUUCUCCAUUUUCCAGGUGACCCAUCUUCCCGCGGUACCCCCUGUGGUUUUCUUACUAGCUAAGCACCCCUCCGUUGAUAACUUUGACUUGUCAUAUCUGACUGAAGUCACAAAUGGAGCCGCUCCCUUGGGAAAACAAGUUUCAAAAGCUCUAAUGGACAGACUUCCGCUCCUCAGCAGCGUGCGACAAGGUAAGUGUAUUCUGAUAAUGGCAAUGGUAAUUGUAAUGGCAGUUUUUCUGACUUUCAAUGGAAUCGAAAAAUGCGUUGUGGACAGGUUUUCAGCUGAAAUGGAUGAACUCGAGCAAGUUAUGAGGGCUAACUGAAAAUGGAGGGAAAUAUGAUUAAUAGGCUUAAAUGUAGAACACUUUUUCCCUCUUUCCUGACCGUUUAAGUCAUAAUCUCUCCUUGUAACUCUUAGGAGAAUUGAUGAUAAAUGUGUAUGCAGUAUUAAUGGCGAAAAGUUGUCUUUAAGAAUUUUUUUUUGGGGGGAGUGAGUUCUCUACAUCUCUAGGAACGUGCAUCCAAAAUUCAGCCAGGAAUUUUUUUUGUGGGGGGGAGCUCCAAAAGUUCUCUACAUCUCUAGGAACGUGCAUCCAAAAUUCAGCCAGUGUCUGAAAUAGUUAGAUACUUAACGAUAUUUCGCGGGAAUAUUUAGAAAAUGAACUCUUUAAUUGAACAGCACUAAUUCAAGUAUGUUAAAAUUUGAAUUGUGAAAAUGAUUUUCCCAUUAUUCCCCCCGUUAGGUUAUGGAAUGACCGAGCUAAGCCCGGUGUGUCACAUGACUCCUGCAGAAAACAACAAACACGGUUCUGUGGGGUGCAUACUGCCAAACUUACGGUGCAAGGUAAGAUAUUAUGUGAACAUAGCUGAUUCCAUGAACUAAUUUAAUUUGAAUCCUCUAACUCGUACCCAACUCCCCUUUGAACACGAUGAUACAGCGGCUAGCUUGUUGGACUCUGGCUCGAGGGGCCUGGGUUCGAGCACUGGCUGGUUCGUUUCGUUUUGUUCUUGGGCAAGGCGUAAGCAAGGUAUUUAAAAAUUCCCACAAUUCCUCCCUCGAUCCAAGAGUUAUCUUAUUGUCGUCCGUAGGUGGUUGACGUGGAGACUGGGGAGGCUCUAGGUCCUGGUCGUGAUGGCGAAAUUUGUGUCCAAGGACCAACAGUCAUGAAAGGUUAGAACAGACAACCUCUAUAGUGAAAAAGAAAUUUCGCAAGUAAAGAAACCUAAGUAAAUUUUUGUGUCUUCCUGCCAAUUGAUCUGAAGAGGACUCACCAAUACCCUGGCCAUACACUAAGUUAAUACGUGCAUAGCGGCAAUAUCGUCUCACGAAGAGAUACAGUUAUUAAUAACUAAUGAAUUAUUUAUUAUUUAUUAACUAACCCUCUUAUCAACAGGAUAUCUCAACAAUCCAGAGGCAACUACACAGACAAUUGAUAAUGAUGGCUGGCUUCACACAGGAGACAUAGGACAUUAUGACGAGGAUCAACAUUUUUUUAUUGUUGACAGAGUUAAGGAGUUAAUAAAAUACAAAGGAUAUCAGGUAUGGAAACGUAAAAUGAUUGACCACCUGACUGAAUCACUGACGGACUAAUUGCCUUUUGCAUUAGUAAUAAUUCUUCGGUUUUUGUGAUUUCAAUAUCCGGCUAUUUCCAGGUCCCCCCGGCUGAACUUGAAGCCCUCCUUAUUUCACAUCCUGCCAUAGAGGAUGCAGCAGUCAUUGGAGUUCCGGAUGCAGAGGAAGGCGAGCUGCCAAUGGCCUUUGUGGUGCGUAAAGCUGAUGUCACACUCACUGAAAAGGAUGUCCAUGUAUUUGUUGAUGAAAAUGUAGCAGCUUACAAAAAACUGAGAGGCGGCGUGGAGUUUAUAGAUGAGAUUCCAAAGUCAUUGAGCGGCAAAAUUCUUCGUCGAGAACUGAAAGACAGACUGAAAAAACUGUCCAAAGUCGAGAGCCCUUCGGGUGCGAGGAAAAGAAGUUUUAAAAGAAGCGUGCGACAAAACGCAGACAAGAAAGUAACGAACGGGAACUCGGAAGGAGUAGCUAAAACUGCCGUGGGUGUGGCUCCAAAAUCCAGCUGCUGUUUGAUUAUUUAACAUAACUAAGCUGAUCGAGAUCUAAGUUAUCCUUAAUCUCUUUCUUACCAUUAGCGCUCUUUUGAGUGUGGUUAUGGCAAUUAAAAUUAUUUCCCUUCCCCCGUGAAUAGAACUUCAAAUUUCUAAAAAGCCCUCCUCUCUAAUAAACGGCGCGGGCUUGAAAGAAUGUUUAUGGUACAGACAAUUCACUCAACACGGAUGACUACAUCGAGGAUAGUCGAGCUAAUUCAAGAUAACCUUUUCAUAUCGACAUAUGGCAUAAACAAUUGUACAAAAUACACACGAAAAAAAUUUUUAAUUGACGAAACAAUUCACCAAGAACGCGCAAAAUAUCCUUCAGUAGCCGCAAUGAACAUUAGAGUUAUCUAUUCAAAUUUUCUACAUACGGCAAUAUUAUGAAAAAAUGUAUAGCAAUAAUAUACAAAAACUCAUGCCUUGGACGCAACUGUCAUAGUCAUUGCGUCCUCCAAAAGAAUUGAAGUUACAUGUUUUCAAAGGAAACAAAAAAAAAAUUUGAUUCGUUCCUUGAACAACCAGAUGAUUUCUAACAUCAGGUUGACUUGCUUAGCAACCGACAUCACGCUGGUGUGACGGUUCUAACAUAACUCGAUCCAAUUAGCUUCAUAAACCGUUCAUGUUAUUUACACCUUGAGGUUUUCAGUUUGAAUAAAACUCAAACAUACAGCAACCUGUUUUCCAUUGCAUAUUCUUCUUUUGAUCGUCAGUUAGGGCAUUACGGGAAGUCAGCAUGGAAGAGAGUUGAUCACCGCAGUCAGUUCAUUGCAAGACUGCGGUCACCAUCUUGAAAUUUAAGCAAAUUUCACUCCUUUUGCGUGCAAACUAAAAUCGCUCAAAUAGGCCCAGCUUAGUUCCCCGCUAGCAAAAUACGGCAUCUUCUUCUUCGUCAUGAGGGCAAUAAACCCCACGUCCUUUGAUCAGUAUACAUCCAAAUUCAUGAACAAAUCUAAGCGGAAAGUGAGAAUAAGAAAUCGUAUGUAUGACAACUGCGACAUACAUGAAGUGGAAAAAGCCUGAUACCUUGCAAUAUAGUCACAGCCCGAACUACAAAAUAAUGUUCAAUUUUUUUCAGUCCCUUGCACAAGCUUAAUUGCACUGUAUUCAACAAUUUAAGCGCUCGUUAUGUUUGCGGAAUGUCAAGAUUAUAAUAGACAAAACAGAGAACCAGUAAAAUGAAAUGAAGCAGGUAAUUCUCUUGUUAGGGAAACUGUGGCGUCAUUCAGGUCAAGUCAAGCUUCUUGGUGAAACUAAAGCAAACAUAGCAAAUUUAGUCACCAUUAUAUCAAAUUAUUUAGAUUGAAGCUCUUCUUUAAUCUGUGAAUUUUUUUCUCUCAGUCCUUCUGGUUUUAAGGAACAGGUCUUAAAGAGAAAAAAAUCAGUCCGUGUUUUAAACUUCAGGUCCAAGUUUCAUUUGUUCUCGCAGUCCGUGUUCCAUGGUUGGUAAACCAUCCUCUUUGGGCCGAGUCCUUCUCUUGAUUUCAUGCUGACUGUCUCGUGACGCCUGGUUACAUAGGGCACUUCACAGGACACUUACGGAUAUUUCGUAACUGGAUAGAUGUUUUCCAGCGAGCAUUGUAUUAUCAUUGGAUAAUGGCGCUUAAAAGCAAGUACGCAGACAUUUUAAUCCCAGAAGAUGUGUCCUGGCCUCAGUUAAUUUACCAGAAUUUUGAUAAGUUUGGCGAAAAGACUGCGCUUGUAAGUAUACUUCAUGAUUCAAGAUCAUUUCAGGCGACCCAGAAUUUAAUUUUACUUAGUUUCGCAAUUCCUUGAUAGUUGCGCUUUGAUAUUGAUAAUAUGAGAAAGGUUAACAAGCAUUAAAUCUCAGAAAAUAUAGAUAAGAAAAUGAUAAAUAGCCGACCUAAAAACAUUUGUGUGCUGCAGAGUUUUUAUCUUCAUUAAUAAGGAUCGAAUCAAUUGAUCCUCUGCAUACUCCCUCAUGAAAUGUUUUCAUAAGAGAUCGUUCUAUCGACUAUCGCUCAAUCUUCGAAGCUGUCUCCCCUAAGGGAAUCUAAAACAGAGCAUAAAAGUAUUCCACAUUUAGCACAAUCCGUCUGAUAGCGAAGAUUUUGAAUCAAAAGGCCAUGGUCAAUUUGUUCAGAUGCAAAUAAAUUUCUAUUUACAUCUAUACAGUAUAUCUAUCUAUCGGGAUCGAUCUGUGUCUAUUUAUAUUUCUAUCUAGUUUAAAGGCAAACUGUCUUUAAAAAAUGGAAGUUUCGAACGAUCGCUUUUUAACCUUUCAGUUUAAAUGAAACUUAAGCUUACAUGUCACUUCUUAACUUGUCACGCAAGUUACGUGACGAAUGUUGUUUGGGUCACAACAUACGACGCCUUUUCAGCCUGCCGUUGCGUGAUGCCUUGCGCUGUGCGAGCAAUUUUCUCCACAAACCUUUGAAACUGGUUUCAAUCUUUUGCGGCCAAAAGGGUAUGGAGCCUCAGUUUUUAAGCUUAUACAAAAGAAGUCUUAUUGGAGGCAAAAAUAAUGAGGUGAAGGGAUCUUUAUUUCACAGAAGUAUUAAGUUUCUUUAUGUUUGCGUUUCAGUUGUACUUUGGAUUAACUUUUUUUCUACUCACAAGGUGGAUGCUCUGUCUGGGCGUUCCUACAGCUACAAACAACUUAAAAACUUGACGCAAAGAUUUAGUUCAGCAUUGGCCAAACGUGGCUUCAAGAAAGGAGACGUCCUGGCCAUGUUCCUCCCAAACGUCAUCGAAUAUCCCAUAAUUUUCUACGGCACUGCUUUUCUGGGUGGCACGGUCUCGACUGUCAAUCCUUUAUACUCGUCCCAGGAAUUAGCGCGCCAGCUGCGAGUAUCAGAAGCAAAAUACAUUGUUACCAUUCCCCCACUGGUGGAAAAGGCCAAAGACGCUGCCGCAUUGGAAGGAAUUCGUUCUGUAAUUGUUGUCGGUGAGGCGCCAGGAUGCGAGCCGUUGUCGUCCUUUUUCGCUGACGAUGGAACAGCUUUUCCGGAGUUUGUGUCUAUCAAUCCAAAGAAGGAUAUCGUUGCACUGCCAUUUUCGAGUGGAACGACAGGAUUGUCCAAAGGUGUCAUGAUAACACAUCACAAUCUUGUAGCUGGGCUGUCCGUUCUAUUUUCGUGUGAUGUCUUCCCCGCUGAUUCGGCUGUCUUAACUUUACUCCCAUUCUAUCAUAUCUACGCCCUGCUUUGCAUGAUGGGAGGAUGUUUACAACUUGGAUGUAAGGUUGUGGUCAUGAUGCGCUUUGAACCUGACUCAUUCCUGAAAGUUAUGCAAGAUUACAAGGUUGGUUUUCGUUUACUGCAUUGA